AUGAGUCUAUUGCCUAGAACUGCAGAGGAAUUCAGUUCGGCUGAGUACUGGGAGAGAUUUUUUAAGAAGCGCGGAGAGAAGUCUUUCGAGUGGUAUGGAGACUACAACAAACUAUGCGGCGUGCUGCACAAGUACAUCAAAAUGCAAGACCAGGUGCUGGUGGUGGGCUGCGGCAACUCUGAGCUGAGCGAGCAGCUUCACGACGUGGGUUACAAGCACCUAACCAACAUUGACAUCAGUGAAACAGUAGUAUCCCACAUGAAUCAGCGCAAUGCUGAGCGGCGACCGAGCCUGACGUUCCAGCAAGUGGAUGCCACUCAGAUGCCGUACGAAGACGCGUGUUUCCAGGCAGCUUUGGACAAAGGCACCUUGGAUGCGAUGGCAUCUGAGGAAGGAGGAGAACUGGCGAGGAAUAUGUUAACUGAGGUGGGCCGUGUCCUCAGUGUUGGCGGAAGGUAUGUGUGUAUCACACUAGCUCAGGAGAGUGUAAUACGCCUGGCAGUGGAGCACUUUGUCCAGCUUGGCUGGGCAGUGAGGCUUCACUGCCUGCAGGAAGAAACGAGCGCUGAGGAAGACGGCGACUCCUUCGCCCUUCCUGUUUUCGUUCUGGUUUGCACCAAGUUCCGCCAGCCCAUGCCGAUGCCCAUUCUGGAGAUGUGCCUAGGUGAUGACGGCGCCCCAAAUCGUCUGGCACUGGCGGGCGACUUGUUGGCGGCCGUGCAGGAACGGCAGGCCUACUCAGUCCUGAGAAAGAGGCUGCGUACUCGCACAGACGCCGAUGCAGACCCCUCACUCACACUCUGCCAUGCUAAGACUGGUCUACCCAGAUAUACUCUUACUGUACAGGAUCUGCCCCCAACUGCCAAGGUGCCAAGGUUCAACCAAUUUGCUAUUUUCAUUGUGCCUCACGGCAGCGAGACAGCAUGGCUCUACAGCUCCAGUGAGGGCCGACGGCAACUGGCGGCCAGCGCCAACUUUCGCCGCCUGGUUAUCGUGGCUAUGCACAGAAAUCAAGAGUACGCUGACAUGCAGGCCGUUCAAUCAGAGCUAUCACCCAUGGUGAUGGACCUGGCCCCACCGGGAAUGCCAGAAAAUCAGCAGGUCCCGUUUCUAUCAGUGGGCGGUGACCUGGGUUGGCGUGAGGAGGUGAGCAGGGGUGUGAGCAAACACAGCGGCGAGUAUUGCGUGGAAAACGUUAGGGGGGAGGACGGCGAGCUGUAUCGUAGACUGGUUUUCCUGUCUAAUGCGACGCUGGUGCAGUCCGAGAGUCGUCUUGUUUCAUCUAAUAGCAGUCAUCAUAAGAAGAAGAACAAAAAGAAAACUAAGAUGCCGCCAUCGUCUUCCCUGUCAGUGCACAGCGGCUUCCUCUGCUGCGCCCACCACGAAGUCAUGGUGGCUGGUCUCGCCAUGCUGGGUAUAGGCAAGGAAAAAAAUAAAGAAUUCCCAGUGUCAGUGCUACUGGUUGGACUUGGAGGAGGAGGCCUGCCCCAGUUUCUGCGGGACUUUGUACCCGGCGCGUCAGUGGAGGUGGUGGAGCUGGAUCCCGUCGUUUUGGAGGUGGCCAAAGAGUGGUUCAACUUUCGACCGGACGAUCGCCUGACCGUCACGCUCGGGGAUGGCCUUGAGCGCAUCUGUUCCCUGGAGAAAGAAGGGGGUCAUUCGUUUGAUGCCAUCAUGUUCGAUGUUGACAAUAAGGACAGCACGUUGGGUAUGAGCUGUCCACCUGCCGCCUUUGUCGAAAGCUCCAUCCUGCAAAAAGUCGGCAACCUCCUGACCCCUAAAGGUAUUUUCAUACUCAAUCUGGUGUGCCGUGACCCCGCCUUGAGGAAAGACGUGCUGGAGCGUGUUAGCCGCGUGUUUCCCGACAUCCUCUCACGGAAAAUUGACGGGGAGGUCAAUGAGGUGCUGCUCUGUCGACGCCAAGGCGAAACUGUGGGUGUACCACCGUCGCUGAAGCAAGCAGGACAUGAUCUGCAGAGAGCCCUGCGCUCCAGCACGACCCAGAGCCCAAAAAUAGACAUUGCUGAGUUGUUGAAAGAUAUGAAAGUGGCGUGA